AUGGCUGAUCAUGGCGAUGGAAAUAUCAAGGUUGUUGUCCGAUGCCGGCCCCUAAAUUCGCGCGAGAUCGCGCGCGGCGCGAAAUGUCUCGUGCGCAUGGAGGGGAAUCAAACCAUCCUAGAGCCUCCGGAGCCAGGCUCGGCGGGUGCGCAGGCAACGUCAGGACGUGCAUCUGAGCGCAAACCGAUGACUUUUACGUUCGACAAGAGUUAUUGGUCCGCAGGAGAGAGGACCGAUCCCGGAUAUUGCUCUCAGCAAACGCUGUACGACGACCUUGGGAAAGAGCUACUCGACCACGGCUUUGCAGGGUUCAACGCGUGUAUCUUGGCUUAUGGACAGACAGGUUCUGGGAAGUCUUACAGUAUGAUGGGCUACGGCCCUGACAAGGGAAUUAUACCACUCACAUGUUCCGAGCUGUUCUCGCGGAUCGAGCAGAAGAGUUCGGACCCCAACGUCAGUUUCACAGUAGAAGUAUCUUACAUCGAAAUCUACAACGAGAAGGUGCGGGACUUGCUUAACCCCAAGAACUCCGGAAACCUCAGGGUCCGUGAGCACCCCAGUCUCGGGCCGUACGUCGAGGACCUCUCGAAACUCGUCGUCAACAGCUACGAUGAGAUGAUGACGCUCAUGGACGAGGGCAACAAGGCCCGUACGGUCGCUGCGACCAACAUGAACGAGACGUCGUCCCGUUCGCAUGCUGUUUUCACCCUUCUACUCACGAUGAAGCGGCACGAUGUGGAUACCAACCUCGACACGGAGAAGGUGUCGCGUAUCAACCUAGUCGACCUUGCGGGCUCCGAGCGAGCGAACUCGACCGGCGCCACCGGGCAACGGCUGAAGGAAGGUGCGAACAUCAACAAGUCGCUCACCACGCUCGGGAAGGUCAUUGCUGCUCUUGCUACUGCGAGUCAGGCGGAGGGCAAGAAGGGCAAGAAGGGCAAGGCAGAGGAUUUCAUUCCCUAUCGAGAUUCCGUCUUGACAUGGCUGUUGAAAGACAGUCUGGGAGGAAACUCGAAGACGGCGAUGAUUGCUGCCAUCUCGCCCGCCGAUGUGCAAUAUGAGGAGACCCUCAGUACUCUGCGUUAUGCCGACCAGGCCAAGAAGAUCAAGAACAAGGCUAUCAUUAACGAGGACCCCAACGCGAAGCUUGUUCGCGAGCUCAAGGAGGAGUUGGAGAUGCUUCGAGCACGUGUGUCUGGUGCAAGUUCCGAAGCCGUCUUCGACCCAACGAUCCCGGCGGCGCAACAGAAGGUCACCUACCAAGCGAAGGACGGGACGAUCAAGACGGUCACGAAGGCGGAGCUGCAGGAGCAGCUGGAGACGAGCGAGAAGCUUAUGCAGAGCUUGAACGAGACCUGGGAAGAGAAGAUGCAGCGUACACAGGAGAUCCAACGGGAGCGAGAGCAGGCCCUGGAGGAGCUGGGUAUCACGGUCGACAAGAACAACGUGGGCGUCCAUACCCCAAAGAGGAUGCCCCAUUUGGUCAACUUGAAUGAGGAUCCUCUCAUGAGCGAGUGCUUGAUCUAUCAGAUCAAGCCAGGCAAGACGGACGUUGGGAGGUUGGAAAGCGACAAGAGCUGUGCAAUCCGUCUCAGUGGAGACAGCAUUGCCGAGGAGCACUGCUACUUCGAGAACACUGACGGCAAGGUUACCUUGCAUGCCAUGCCAAAUGCCGUUACCUUUUUGAACGGCCGACAGAUCGAGCCCGGGCAGGCUCACAAGCUGCGCACGGGCUAUCGUAUAAUUCUCGGCGAGCACCACGUCUUCCGUUUCAACCACCCGGAGGAAGUACGGAAGCUGCGAGAACGCGCUAGGGCGAAGUCGCAGAUGAGCAUCAGCAUCACCGCCGCUGAUCUUGCUGCCGAGGCCAACUCCGAAGCGACUCGGCCUAGCUCACCGACAGGCUCUGAAGUCGACUUGAACGAUGUUGACUGGACGUUUGCGAAGCGAGAGGCGGCACUGGCGAGGCUUGGACUUGACCCCUCUUUGGACAAUCUCCCCGACGAAGACUUGAACAAGCUAUUCGAGAAAAUCACGAAGGUGAAGACGAUGCGCGACCACAACGCGAAGCGGCCGGAGAGCAGUCUCAGCCACGCGGACGACAUCUGGAGCGAGUCUGGACGACCGGCCGAUACCCUGACUGAUGAUACCAGCGUGGAUGCCAUGACCAAUCACGAUAGCCCUGAGUUGGGGGAGAACUUGAGGGAGAUGCAGAGCCAGCUCGAGCACCAGCGCGUCGAGUUCGAGAGUCGUCUGCAGGCUAUCGCGGAGUCGUCCGAGGCAGAGGACCUCAAGGUGGAGAAGGAGCAGAUGGAGCGCCAGCUGAAGCUCGUGCAGGUGCACAUGAAGCGGCUGCUGGACGCGCGAGCGAGGGGCGAGACCGAGCUAGAGGACGUCGCCUUUGAGCCGGUGAUAUACACUGCUCGGCAGUUACGUCUGAUACGGAAGGUCCUCGACAAGUGGCGCGCCCACCGAUCGUUUUCUAUGGCCGAAGUCGUUCUGUCGAACGCUGUGCUUGUUAAAGAGGCGAAUAUUAUCAGCAAGGAACUCGGCAAGGACGUCUUUUACAACUUCACUAUCGCCGCUGGUGGUUCCCUUGCUGCGCCUGCGUCUGCUAUUGACUCUAUCGCUGGCCUGGAUCAAUUUGGCGACGUCGCAGAUCCCGUCCUAGCCUCCGCAACCCAACCGUCGGUCGCUGUCAAGCUCAUUGACCGGCGACAUAACGCUAUCUAUGUCUGGUCGCUGGAUCGUCUUCAGCAACAGUUGCAGCGCAUGCGCAAUCUCACUACCUUUAUAGACCGCCCAUCCUAUUCCCAGCACUUCUCCUCUGAGGAGCCAUUUUACGACAGCCCUCCCCCUGACUACUCCUUUAUCGGCAACGCACUACUCUCCUUGGCACCCCUGUCUCGAAGGCUAUCCUCCUCGUCUACCGUACCCAUCUUCUGCAGAUAUACUUCUGAGGCAAUCGGUUCAUGUCGAAUCGAGAUCAAGAUCUCGAACGUCGUCCUUUCCCCUAAGCACGCUAAUACUUCCGCCACCUCUACUCGGGCCACGUCCCCUGUGCCGGGUACGGUCCCUCCAGGCAGCAAGCUCACCUUCUACCUCAUCGUCGACCAGGUGAAGGGGCUGUCUCACUACGACUUCUCCUUCGUCCACUUGCAGGUCCGGCUCUCCUCAUUCCUGGGCCCGUCGCUUACCUCGGAAGAGGUGUACCCUUCGACUGCGAUAGACCUAGACACUGCGUCCCUGUCCGACCUGAAGUUCCGCCGGAGCUUCUCAAUGGUCGCCUCGACGAAGGUCCUGUCCUACCUUCGUCAAGGGUACGCACCAAUCGAAUUCUACGCUCGUCUGAAGCCGACAUAUCUUGAGCGGAUGGAGCGAUGGGACGAGAUGCGCGAACAACGUAUCCCUACCACCAUCGGCUCGUCUUCUGUGAGUACACCGCAGAGCCUGCCGACAUCACUUCCUCCUAUGCGUCGAUCCGAGAACGACUUCGUAGUCGAGCAAACGCACGACGUGGCUGCCUGGCUGCAGGUCUGCGAGCUGGCACCAGAUGGAAGCUACAAGCCUGUGCCUGUCGUCUCUUCGGGUCAUCUGGACCCGGGCUGCUUCCUACUGCACCAGGGCCUCCAGCGCCGGAUCGUCCUUACCCUUUCUUCUCAUUCCGGUCGGCAGCUUCCAUGGACAGAAGUUACUCGAAUACGUCUGGGUAACAUCCGGCAUCUGGACGCGAAGGGUCUGCUGCACGAGUCGCCUUCCAAGGUGCUCACUACGCUUCCCCUGCAGCAAGACCAGAAGAUCGAUUACAAGCCGGACGGGACUGGAAGCAUCACUGCGGAAGCGCUAUGGGACUCGAGCGUGCACAACUCGAUACUGCUCAACCGGGUCACGGCCUCGGGUCAGCGGGUGCUGCUGCAGGUGUCGUGGUCUGUGGUGGUCGAGACAUGCGCGGAGCCGGUGCAGUUCAAUAUGGACACCGCAGUUAUGAUCCAGUCCCGCGACGCGCGCCCGCCAUCUCGGCUCACGUCCUUGUUCGGCUCCACGAAGGUGCUCCCCAAGACGAGCACGCUCUUCUCGGUCCGGCUCACGCCGCCGCUCACCCGCUCGCCCAAGGACCUCUGGCGCCUUGACACUGCAGAGAAGUACGUCCGGGGCGAGGAGGCACUCGGCAUCUGGAGACCCAGAGGCGUCUCCGUCGUCGAGGAUUACUCAAGGCUUGUGACGAUGGAGCGCCGUGCGGCCGACGUGCAAGCAAUCAGGGUCAUCUUAGCAGCUUCGCCGAACAGCAAGGUCCAGCAGCAGGACGCGGACGUCUGGGCGUCGGACGCUUCGGAAGAGCUCAUGCGGAAGGCGUUGGCACUUUGGCAGAAGCGCUUCGGUCAUCAAGGCGAGAUUGUCAUCAGUCAGGAGCAGCCUGAACCGGACGUCUUGAGCGUGAACUCUGGAAAAGCUUCGGCCGCGCCGUCUGAUACACCGUCAGUCGAUUCUCUCAAGCUCAAUGCGAGCACGAAGCUUGUGCCCAGAAACCAAUUCAGCGACGGGCCGACGAAGAAGGGCCACCUGAUGCUCAUGACUGACGCGACUGAGAACAUCUGGGAACGGCGAUGGUUCGUGCUCAGAAGGCCGUACCUCCACAUGUACGCGCACUCCAACGAGGUCGAGGAGAUAGGCGUGAUAAGCCUGACAGGCGUGAACGUGGAAAGCAACCCGGAAAUGGAGGCUCUUCUGGGGAAAAAGUUCACCUUCACCCUCUUCACCUCUUCGAACUCGUACGCGCUCGCUGCUCCGAGCCAGAAGGAGCUCCAAGCAUGGACUACGAAGUUGGAUCCUACACGACUUCCUUCAUGA